AUGCCUUCCUCCAAGGACUUCCACUCGUCCUCCGUUAAGAUCCCAGGCGCCGCCCCACCUCUCUCUCCCCGCGCCUGCGCCACGCAUGCAGGCAACGCCGACGGCACCGCCAACGGCGCCGCAGCCAUGGGGCUCUCGGGGUUUGCUGCCGACCGCUACACGUCGUCGCUCCAAACCCAGGAAGCCGUCGACGACCUCCUCAAGAAGUUCGGCGUGCGGAGGGAGUUCGCCGGGCUUCCGGCCGGCGACCUGUGCGCAUCCACGCGGCCGCCUCCGAGAGGGUCCAUGUGCGUGUACGCGCACGCGCUGGAGGCCGGGGUGCGCUUCCCUCUGCACGACUUCUUCGUCGACGCGCUCAAACACUACGGCCUCGCGCCCGGCCAGCUCGCGCCCAGCGGGUGGCGCGUCUUGGUGGGCUUCGUCGCGCUCUGCCAAGACGCAGGCGUGCGGCCGUCGCUGGCCGUCUUCCGCUGCUCCUUCAAGCUGGUCAUGUUCGACCUCCUCAGAGGUUGGUACUGUUUCCAGUCCAAGGACGUCGCCAUGUCGAUCUUCACCGGCCUGACCUCAUCCAACUCUGACGAAGGGUGGAAGGAGGGUUUCUUCUUCUUGACGUCGCCGGAUCAAUGGCCGUGCCCCGUGCAUUGGCGCGAGACGGCGUCCACGAGCUCCACUACUAAUCCGGUGCUGACAACCGAAGAUGAGGCAUCGGCCCUAAAGCUGCUAGGCGACCGCGUCCUCCCGAUCGAUCUCGGGACGUACCUCUCCGAGAAGGUCAAUCUUGGCGCAGCCUUCUUCUCCAGCCUCACCGGUGCAUCACCAGUGCCACCGCCGCCCCAGCAGUCUCAUCGUUCUAGUGGUGACAAAGGUAAAAACGUGCUUCCGACUCUCCACUCUGUCCAGAAGUACAUGCGUUCAGUGAGAUGA